AUGUCGGCCCCCGCACACUCCGAGGUGAAGGAGCUGAGUCCUGUCGACUUCAUACAGCUGCAGCAGUACAUCGAGUACUGCAGCCUGAAGGUGAAGGAUGUGCUCAGAGAAUUUGACCCAGAUGGAAGUCUGGCCCGGCAUCGACAUGGAGAGUGCAUCAACGAGGAGGGCUUCCGUCUGUUCCUGAAGACGUAUUUGGAGGUGGAGGACUUCCCUGUGGACCUGUGCCAGAGACUAUUCCGCUCGUUCCAAAACUCCAAAGACUCCGCAGACUCCGCAGACAGCAGCAAGGAGGUCUUUCUGAAGGAUGUGUCCUGCUACUUCUCUCUCCUCGAGGACGGACAACCACGGGACAAAUUGGAGUUUGCUUUCAAGCUGUAUGACAGAGAUGGCAAUGGGGUCCUGGACAGCUCUGAAGUGGACAGGAUUAUCGCUCAGAUGAUGCACGCAGCAGAGUACCUCGGCUGGGAUGUUUCAGAGCUACUUCCCGUGCUGAAGGACAUGAUGACGGCCAUAGACGCGGACAGCAGUGGCACCGUGUCUCUGGACGAGUGGGUGAAUGGGGGCAUGAACAAUGUGCCCCUGCUGGUUCUGCUGGGUCUGAAGGUGACGCAGACGGAUGGGCAGCACUUCUGGAGGAUGAAACAUUUCAACAAACCGGUUUAUUGUAACGUGUGUCAAAGCAUGCUGCUGGGGCUCCGGAAACAAGGCCUGAGCUGCUCUUGCUGUAAAUACACUGUCCACGGCCGCUGUGCCAACAGGAACCCUGCUCCCUGCACCAAGACCUACGUCAAGUCAAAGAAAGACACCGGGGUUCCAACACACGACUGGGUGAGUGGGAACUGUGAUUCCAAGAAGUGUGAUAAAUGCCAGAAAAAAAUCAAGAGCCUCCAGGGCUUAACGGGCAAACACUGCGUCUGGUGCCACACUAUGCGCCAUGAUGAAUGUGCGGACCUGGAGCCCAAACAGUGUGGCUGUGGACCGCUGCGGGACCAUAUCCUGCCUCCGUGGGCCAUUUAUCCUGUAAUAAAGGAAAGAGCAAACAACGGCAGUUCGGGACCUGGAGACGACAGUGACCUCAAUAUAACUCCAGAUGGACAGGUUCUGCAGAUCAGCCCUGUUCCCAACACUCACCCUCUGUUGGUGUUUGUGAACCCAAAGAGCGGAGGCAAACAGGGCGAACGAGUCUUACGGAAAUUCCAGUAUUUAUUAAAUCCACGACAAGUUUACAAUCUGUCAAACGGAGGCCCAGGCCCAGGUUUGAGUUUCUUCAGGAGUCUAGAGGACUACAGGAUAUUAGUGUGUGGGGGAGACGGCACAGUGGGCUGGAUACUAGACGCAAUCGACAGGGCAAAUCUGGCGGUGCGUCCCCCGGUGGCAGUACUUCCUCUGGGCACAGGAAAUGACCUCGCUCGGUGUCUCAGAUGGGGAGGAGGAUACGAUGGGGAGGACUUGUGCCGUAUCCUGAAGGACAUCGAGUUGAGCACAGAGGUGAUGAUGGAUCGCUGGAGCGUACAAGUGAUCACUGACGAGACGCAGGAGGAAGGAGACCCGGUGCCUUAUGAAAUCAUCAACAACUACUUCUCUAUUGGGGUGGAUGCAUCCAUUGCUCACCGGUUUCACACAAUGAGGGAGAAGCAUCCACAAAAAUUUAACAGCAGGAUGAAGAAUAAAUUGUGGUAUUUUGAAUUUGCGACGUCUGAAACCAUUUCUGCUUCUUGCAAAAAACUCAAGGAGAAUUUAACGAUUGAGUGUUGUGGGACCCCGCUCGAUCUCUCCAGUCUUUCGUUGGAGGGCGUCGCGAUCCUAAAUAUUCCCAGCAUGCACGGCGGCUCCAACCUGUGGGGCGAGAGCAAGAAAGGAGACGUAAAGUCCGGUCCAGACGAGCCACAAGUCAUCGUGGACCCAGAGGUGCUCAAAGUCACGUCUCAAGAUCUGAGCGACCGUCGGCUGGAGGUGGUGGGAUUGAUGGGGGCGAUGGAGAUGGGGCAGAUUUACACUGGACUGAAGAGCGCAGUGCGACUCGCCAAGACCUCACAGAUCACCAUCAGGACAAAGAAAGCACUCCCCAUGCAGAUCGAUGGAGAGCCGUGGAUGCAGCCUCCGUGCACGAUCAUCAUCACACACAAGAACCAGGCCAGUAUGCUGAUGGCUCCUCCUCAGGCCAAGUCCUCCGGCUUCUUCAAGUAA